AUGUCUACCACCACGGAAACCACAUCAGUUGAGAAGGCUGCCCGCCAAAAUGUGCGCAGUCAAGUCGAACUGCCCGACCAUCGUAUUGUCCAGCUAGACGAGCUUUCUGCUGCGGAUCGCGUCCUGGCCGAGCAAUUUGGCUACCAGCCGGUGUUCAAACGUGAGUUUGGCUAUCUUUCUACCUUCUCAUUUGCAUUCAGUAUCUCGGGUCUGUUCGCGACAAUUUCAACAACAUUUUCCUAUCCGCUGGUGGCUGGUGGCUCUGCCUCGGUGAUCUGGUGCUGGCUCAUCUCUGGAAUUGGCUGCAUGUGUAUUGCAGCAUCGGUUGCAGAGCUGGUGUCUGCAUACCCGACAAGUGGUGGUCUCUAUUUCACUGUUUCGCGGCUUGCCCCGCCACGAUGGGUGCCAUCUAUCAGUUGGAUGACUGGCUGGAUCAACCUUUUGGGCCAGGUCGCUGGAAUCGCAUCCUCGGAGUACGGUUCAGCCCAGAUGCUGUUGGCUGCGGUUUCUAUGGGUCGUGAUUUCAACUGGACGCCAACCACCGGCAUGACAGUUGGUGUCAUGGCUGCUUUGACAGUCCUAUGCGGCAUUCUCAACUCACUCCCCACAGGCUGGAUGGAAAAGAUGACUCGAUCUUAUGUGAUCUUCCACUUGGCUGUCUUGGUCACGUGUUGCAUUGCCCUUCUCGCCAAGACUGACAAAAGCCUGAGGCAUGAUGCCUCAUAUGUCUUCACUAAUGUCGAACCCACAUCUGGGUGGUCGCCAAGUGGAUUCUCGUUCUUGUUUGGUUUCUUGUCUGUAUCCUGGACGAUGACCGACUACGAUGCGACGGCUCAUAUUGCCGAAGAGAUUCAAGACCCCGAGAUAAAGGCUCCUUGGGCGAUCUUCCUGGCCAUGGCUGCAGUUUAUGUUCUCGGUUGGCUGUUCAACAUCGUUCUGUGCUUUGUUAUGGGCGACCCGAACAGUCUUAUCAACUCUCCUAUGGAGCAACCUGUUGCUCAAAUAUUCUACAACAGUCUCGGCAAAUCUGGUGGCCUGGUCUACACCGUCUGCGCUUUCAUCCUCUUGCAGUUCAUCUGUUUCACCGCCACUCAGUCCCUUGCACGUACUGUGUUUGCUUUCUCCCGCGACCGAUUGCUUCCCUUGUCCAACGUCUGGUGUAAAGUAAGUAAACUCACAGGUACUCCCCUGUAUGCAGUUUGGUUCUCCGUCUUCUGGUGCAUUGCCAUCAACCUCAUCGCCCUCGGUAACUACGCCGCCAUCCUGGGCGUCUUCAACAUCACCGCUAUUGCCCUCGAUUGGUCAUACAUCAUCCCCGUGGUCUGCAAGCUGUUUUUCGGCAGAUUUGAGCCUGGUCCUUGGCACAUGGGCAAAUUUUCUGUCUUGGUCAACUGGUGGGCUGUCAUCUGGACAACUUUCGUUUCGAUCAUUUUCUUCUUCCCAACCGCUGAACCUGUGACUGGAGAAAACAUGAAUUAUGCAAUUGUUUUCAUGGCGUUCAUCAUGCUGUGUGCACUUGUGUACUGGUAUGUCCGGGGUAAGAAAUUUUAUGUUGGUCCUAUCAAGGAGACUGUUGUGCAAGGUCACAGUACCGGUGGCGGCAUUCUGGAGGCGACUCCUACCGAGAGUAUAGAGAAAAAGGAUGGCGAGAAAACCGCCAUAUAA